UAUUCUUUCACUUCGAAUAUAUAUUCACGCCACCCUUCAUGGACUCCAGAUUCAAAAUACCUUCAUAUCUUUCCAAAUCAAUCAGUCGUCAUCAAUUAUUUCGAUUUCCUUCGUCUCCCCUACAUGACAUUUACUUCAUUGCAAGAGCUGCUGCUAUGCCGCCCAUCUACAGAUUUCAAUGUACAAAGGCUAAUACAGCUUUCGGGUUUGACCCUUAUACCUAUACUAGUGGGCGGUGGCUUCGUGAUGAUCAUUAUGAACGCUCUUCACGUUAUAUCGCAUUUGAUUUUGGCGCUUUGUGCGAUAGGGUCCUUCAGCUUUGCCCGGACGCGAUUUCAAUCGACAGCUGCAAAAAGCUCGAAGGGGGAUUCAAUAGAGUUUUUGUUUUCACCAUGAACAACUCAAGACAGUUAGUGGCUAGGUUGCCAUUCGUUCUUGCCGGACCGGCGCGCUUAGUCACCAGUUCCGAAGUCGCUACUAUUAGAUACCUACAAUUGAAGACAAAAAUUCCAAUUCCACAGAUUAUUGACUGGAAUGACGACGCUAAAUCUCCGGAGAAUACCAUCGGCAGCGAAUAUAUUAUUAUGGAACAUGCGUCUGGUGUUCAACUGAGCCAAGUAUGGGAUGACAUGACUGGUGACCAGCGUGUCAGAUGCAUAAGCGCGAUAUUUCAGAAGAUGAAAGGUGCUACUGAUCUUAGGUUUCCCUCUUAUGGAAGUAUAUACCUUCAAGACGGGCUUGUACAUCCAUUCGCCAGGCAGCCUCUUAACGAGGAUUUUUGUAUCGGGCCACAUUGUGGCAGCCGCUACUGGCCUCUCAAAACUAGGCAGCGCCUGAAUUAUGGGCCUUGGGACAACCUUGAUAGCUUUUGUGAAGGUCUAAUCGACGCUGGGCUUGCAAACCUUUCUGGUUCUGCAAGAGACCUGGAUCGAAAACCUUCAUAUUAUGGAUCUAUCGAUCAACAUACCGCGGUAUUGAACUCGGCACUUCCAGUACUUAAGCAGAUGUCCUCGAAUUCCUGUAUCGUGCAAUCUGCUUCACCGUUAUUGUUUCAUCCAGAUCUACACAAACGUAAUAUUUUUGUGUCAGAGGAAGACCCUACCAUCAUCACGGGUAUUAUUGAUUGGCAAGGUGCGAGUAUUGAACCAGCCUUUUGGUAUUCAGAUGAUUUGCCAGAUUUCGCUACACCCACCGAUUCAGAUGAGGAUUUAUAUUACAAGGCAUACAAGGCUUCGUCUCAGUAUUAUACGCCUGCGUUGUCAAUGCCAAAAUCAAUGGACGAGAACCUUUUCCGUCCAUUCCAUUACAGCUACAGAACAUGGAAGGAUGGUGCCAUAGCCUUACAUCAUGAGAUGGUUGAAACAGCUCGAAACUGGAAGGGUUUGAAUUUCGAAGGUCAAUGUCUAUAUUCAAUACCUACUUCUGACAGCCUUCUCGAAUAUGAAAGGGCUUAUCGACUUUUCGUGGCGGCACAAAACCUGAGAUAUGAUCUUUCAAAUUUGUUGAAUUCAGCCAGUGACGGCUGGGUGCCUACAGAGAAUUGGGAAGUGACACAAACAGCGCACAAAGAAAUCUUUGAUGGAAUGCUGCAGGCUGUUUUAUCGAAUCAGAAUCCAGAAGACGAUGAGCCUGUUCAAGACGAAGAAACUUUGCGUUCAAUAUGGCCUUUUGACCUACCUUGAUAUAUAUGACUCUUUAUUAGUAUCGACACAUCGUUAGUCAGGUGUCUUUACAAUCACCAUGCAGUCCUAUUGACC